UGCAAAAUAUGAAACAUGGGUGACAGCAUGGAUAUUGUACAGUCAAUAUUAGAAAAUGAUACUCAAGAAAAAGAUCCACGUAAAUCUACGGUAGUACAGAAAGAUGUUGAAGUUGAAACAGAUAUAGGAACUCUUUUAGCAUUUGAUUAUAACACUUUGGAUAUAAAAGCACUAAAAGGUCAGCAGGAACCAUAUUUAAAAAGUGUAACAAGGGAUAAUGUGCAGAUAAUAAUUAAUAAAAUCUGGGAACUCCCAACUGAACGCAUUGAUGAAGUGAUAGUAGCAAAAUUACCUAAGCCUCACUAUAUUUUACCACGAUCUCGUCAAAUUCCAAAACCAAAACCAUUAACGAAAUGGCAACAAUUUGCUAAAGAAAAAGGUAUUAAAUCUAAGAAGAAAGGUAAAUCUAAACUUCAAUGGGAUGAGGAAUUACAGAAAUGGAUACCUACAUUUGGUUAUAAACGUAAGGCAGCUUUGGAACAAAAAGAAUGGUUGGUAGAAGUAAAUAAUGAAGGUAAAGCCACAGAAGACCCAUUUGCUGCUGCUAAAGUAGCAAAAGAAGAAAGGCGGUCUAAGAAUGAACUGCAGAGGCUGCGUAAUAUUGCCAAGGCAAAGAAUAUUAAAGUUCCACAAGUAGGACUUCCUACUAGAGAACAUUUUCCUGAGUCAAAACAACUUGCUCAGGCCAUUACUAUUGCACGUACAUCCACAGCCUCUGUGGGCAAAUUCCAGGACAGGUUACCAAAAGAGAAAGAUGCAAAGGGUAUAGCAAAACAAGUACCAGGUAUGAAAAGAAAGGCUGAAACUAUUCCAUUGAAUAUAAGAGAUGAGAAAAAGAGGAAUACAGAUUUGGCAGAUAACAUUCUCAAAAGUAAUACAAAAAUUUUCCGUGAAGACUUGUCUGUACCAAAAACAAAGGUUAACGAAACAAAAACAAAGAAAGGUAAAAAGGUAACAAAACAUAAGGGAGCAAAGAAACCAAAAGGAGGAAAAGGAAAUCGAGAUAUGCGGCUUAAAGUAGGCGGUAGGAAACGAAGAUAAAAGAAUUGAAUACUUAUGUUAUUUUAAUUGUUUGUACUACACUGACUGCAAAUGGCAUUUUAAUACAUAGUGUUAAGUGUAUUAACAUUAAAAACGUUAAUAAAAUGACAUUUGUAUAA